AUGAAGGAAAGAUCUGGCUUGUUCACGCGGAUGUUGCGCCCAUUCACACGUCGCGAUGGCGCUCUUCGACCCUUCCGCUUGUUUUUCGCCGAUCUGACCAUUCUCUCUCGCCGCUACCUCUCCGACUGGACGGUCUUCAAUCAAGUCGUCCUGGCGAGCGGAAUUUUCAUCUUCUUCACCAAUCUCUUACCGGGCAUUACUUUCGCAAGCGACCUGUACGACCUGACGGGGUCCAACUGGGGCACCAUUGAGAUUGUGCUGAGUAUGGGCAUCUGCAAUGCUGUCUUUACUCUGUUCGGACUCCAGCCUUUGACGAUUCUCGGCGUUACCGGAAGCUUCACCAUCCUCGCGGAGUACAUCUACAAGAUGUCCAUCAACUCCUUUCAGGUCGACUUCCUUUCCUUCAUGGCAUGGUCGCUCAUCCAUGCUUGUUGGAUUUUGUGGCUACUUGCCAUAUUCAACGCACACGAAUGGACCAUGUUCUAUGUCAGCGACUUCACCUGCGAGAUCUUCAGCUUCCUCAACACCAUCAUCUACUUCUCCAAGGCUCUGCAGGAGCUACGACGUGGCCACCAAGAAAUGGCCUUUGAUGCCUUCCUCUACUCUGUCGUCGACUGCGUGGGAACAUUCGCCUUGGCGGUGCUUUUGUCUACCGCCGAGAAAUGGAAAUUCUUCCCGAAUCACCUGAAGCUCUGGCUGCGGCAAUAUGCGACCAUAAUUGCCGUUGUGACCUUCGUCGGUAUCGGAUACGUCGGAGACGCAGCAGGGCUUGAAAAGAAUCGGCUUCAAACAAGCAGCGAUCGCCUCGCACCAUCGUCACCCACGCGCACGACUUUCUUCGUGCAAUUUUGGCAACUGCCAGUCACCUAUGCCUUUGUGGCCAUCCUGCCUGGUGCGAUUGUUGCAAUGCUAUUCUUCUUCGACCACGAAAUCAGCACCAUCAUCUGCACGAACAAGCGACGAUACGGUACCCGCAAACCUAGCGGUCUCGCUCUCGAUAUCAUGCUGCUGGGUGUGACCACGGCUCUGUGUGGGCUACUGGGCGUCCCUCCAUCGAACGGUCUUCUGCCGCAGUCACCAUUGCAUUCCGAGAGUCUAUUGCACACCGACAAGGACGAAGAAGAGUUUGAGGAGGACAUCUUGAUCGAUCGAUAUGGCAUCGAGCACCUCGUUCGCAAACCCGUGAGCCGAGUCUACGAGCAGCGGUGGAGCAAGAUGAUCCAGUCUCUGGCGAUCCUAGCCUGCAUCGCACCUCCACUUCAAAAGGUCCUCGGCUUGACACCGAAGAGCGUGCUCGCAGGCCUCUUCAUGUUCAUGGGACAACAGAGUCUCUUCACCAAUCCCAUCCUCUCCCGGACACUGGAUUUGCUCACGCCAGUACGACACCUACCCAAGCUUCCUCCUGGAAUCGCGAGAUAUCGACCUAUCCAUGGGUACACGCUGUUCCAAGUCGUCAUUGCCAUUGCCGUAUUCGUGGUGACACUUACGCCAGCCGCGCCCGGCUUUCCAGUCAUCAUCGCAGCAUUGGUUCCUUUCCGUGUCCUUGUCAUGCCAAAAAUUUGGCACCCAGCGACACUCGCACACUUGGACAAAUGGUCGUGUCGAGACGAGACACGCAAGGAAACGGAAUGCGAGCCGAGCAUGUGUGAGCGUGGAGGAGAAAUUGCGACAGCACCUCUGAUUCCAAGCCUGGUUGCGCUGUCCGACUUCGACGUCGAGCGAAUAUUGGCCCACCAGAGGAGUUCGAUCUCUCACCGGAGGAGCGUCCUUUCCCGCCAAAGGAGCAUCCUCACCCACCAGAGGAGUGUGCUCUCUCGUGAAAGGGGUGAUCAUGUCCUCUCACGCCAGGAGAGCGAGCCGAUGAUGCCGCCUGAGAGAAGUGCCACCACCGAUACGUCUGGACGAGGCAGGCACGGAUCCUAA